GGGAGACUGAGUGAACAGGUAUAUGUGUCGCUCUGAAUGUCCCACAAGACUGUCAAUUCACGAUAUUUUCUCUGGUAUCCGAAGUUUCGAACGAAUAUUCAACGAAGAUGCGAGGAUAUUAAUUAAUAAUUGGACAUGCAUUGCUACCGCAGGGAACUAGACGUUGGCCCGAACAGCACUUAAAAAUAAGUUGCUUCGUUCCACGAUGCACACUGGAUCAUCCUCCCUCGAGGCUCGCACCGUCAAUUUCCCAGGAAACAAUGUCCAAGGAGCUCAUUCGUACUUGUUCACCAAUUCGUCAAGAUCUCACUAGCCUCGAGAAGGCCAAGCACCAUGGCAUACAACGCAGUCUUUGUCGCUCUAUCUUCGUCAUCGCGACCUGCACAGCUGCAAUGAUGAUCAACGUCGCUAAUAAUAGUUCUGUCUUUGUCUCGCUCCCAACCAUUGAGAAGGACCUCAAUAUCAGAGAAGAACAGCUGCAGUGGAUCGUAUCUGCUUAUUCACUCAGUUCCGGAUGCUUUCUCUUGUUCUUUGGCAGAUUAGCCGAUAUCUAUGGACGCAAGAAGGCGUUCGUAAUUGGCUCUCUCUGUCAAGUCGCAUUUUCUCUUGGUUGUGGCUUUGCACAGAGUGGUACUACCCUUGUCAUUUUGCGUGCCUUUCAAGGCAGUGGAGCCGCCGCUACAAUACCAUCUGCACUCGGUAUCCUGGCGCACGCAUUCCCUCCGUCUAAAAUGCGUUCAAUAGCUUUUGCAACAUUUGCGGCAGGUGCUCCUAUCGGUGGCGCAUUUGGCAUGAUCUUCGGUGGUAUCCUCACACAAAUAUCCUCGACGCACUGGCGUUCCCCAUUCUAUUUGGUUGCUGCAAUAUCUGCUAUAACAGGUAUUACUGGCAUGAUUUCAUUCGAUGCAGAUGUUACUUCGAUCGAAGCUGUCGACUGGAUCGGUGUUUCCCUCGUCACGGUCGGUUUGGUCCUGAUUUUAUUCGUACUUGGUCAAGGAGAGAUUGCUUCUCAAGGAUGGAAAUCUCCAUACAUUAUUGCCCUUCUAAUCGUCGGGAUUAUCAUGGUUUCAUUAUUCCUUCUUUGGGAGCGACACUUGGAACAAGCUAUGGAUGAUCCAUCAAGAGUACCGUCCGCAUGGACACCACCGCCGUUGAUGAGUCUCUCGCUUUGGACGCGAGCAAAGGGCCGGAUGGCCAUCAUUCUCGUUAUUGCAUUCCUGAAUUGGAGUGCCUUCAUUAGCUGGACCUUCUGGGUUCAGUUGUACUAUCAGAAUUACCUUUUACUCACACCUAUACAAACUAUGCUCCGGUUCAUUCCAAUGUUCGUCGUCGGCUGUUUGUGCAACGUCUUUGUUGCCAUGUUUGUUGGGAAAUUCCCUUUGGUCAUCUUUGCAGUCAGCGGAACGCUACUGACAGCAUUUGCUGCCAUCCUGUUUGCGCUGAUCGACCCCACCGUAACGUAUUGGGCGUUCUGCUUCCCGUCCACGGUCAUCGUCGUGUUCGGAGCUGAUUUUGUGUACUCUUCUGGUACAAUUUUCAUCGCCAAAAUCGCGCACCCACACGAACGCAGCGUGGCUGGAGCUAUGUUUCAAACUAUGGCACAGCUCGGCAUUGCAGUCGGACUUGCUGUAUCUACGCUUGUGUUUAACAUCGUCGUGAAAAACGAGUCUGCUCGCCUUGGCGUGACUGUCAACUCUGCUGGCACCAACGCGCCCCAUUCUGCACAGCUUAAGGGCUAUAGAUCUUCGCAAUGGACCUGUGCUUCAUUUGCGCUUAUGGCUGCGCUGCUGGCAGUGCUUUCCCUUCACCACGUUGGGAUUGUUGGAGACAAGAAAACCGUGAAACAUGCUGACAGUCAUCAUACAAUAGCUGUGCGGUCCAAGUCCCAGGACAGCUAAAUACACUCAUUUCAAACAUGGUACUAUGCUGUUAUGCUGCCGUCGUCUUACCCCCUCCACCAUCCACUCAUGUUGACGUCUCCUCGGUUCCCGAAUCAAACAAUCAUCUACCAUCAAUGUUCCAUACUCACUACACUUCUUUCUCGCCGCAUAUUUUUCUGACCUUAGCUAUAGAGCAUCACCUUCUCACCAUGUUCCCCAUGACGAAAUCAUCGUAUGUAAAAUGGAAUCUAGCGUUCUUCGAGACUCGUGCCUUUUUAAUGCCAUGCUGAUAAUGUGUCGACUGAAU